CACAUUUUUGGGCGAGGCUUCUUAAAAACCAUGUGUCCUUAGGGAAAAAGGUGUUAAAUUUCUUCAGCUCAAACCAGCGGUAUUGUAUAUUUUAGGCAUGUGGUACCAUCUACAAGAUGUCUGGAUAUAGCCAUUUUAUCCUGAGCUUCUGUAUUCUAGGAUACAUUUUCGACAGUUCCAGGGCUUGGCAUGUUCAGAUGCCAAGAAAUAUCAAAGGAUUGGUGGGUUCUUGUCUUGUCAUCCCUUGCCAUUUUGAUUACUACCAGCAUCCACCUCCGAGACCAAAUCGUGUGGUUUGGUACCAGUAUGUGAGCAGAGGAUAUCCUUUGGUUUAUGAUGACAUGCACCCAAAAAGUGUCAUUGACAGGUUUAGAGGAAGAACAUCAAGGGUAUAUGUUUACAGCAAGGGGGGAUGCAGUCUUAAAAUCAACCCAGUGAGGUGGUCUGACCACAGACAGAAGAUUUACCCCUGGAUAGAUCCAGAGAAUGUUGGGAGAGGAACCUACCGAUUCUUUGAUACAACUGUAACAAUUGAAGUAGUGGACAGGGCAGAGGAACCAAAUAUUAUGAUCUAUGGCAAUGCAAGGGUUGGACAGUCCGUGACAGUGCAAUGCACUGUUUAUCACACCUGUCCCACUAAUCCGCCCACUCUGAGUCUUAACAUCCCAAGUGCAACUCCGAGCUCCAUUAGUAACAGCAUAUACAAAACUACUUUGACGACCACAUUGAACAUAGACAGAGACCUCCAAACUGUGGAGUGCACUGCCAAACACUUCGGUGGUCACACUAUAAGAGCUACUAAAAUAUUAAAUGCAGAAUGCUCCUUUUCACCCUUGACAAUCCAACCACUAUCCACAAAUGAAUUUCUUGAAGGCCAGGCAAGUAAAGUAACCUGCACUGCCUCAUACACAUGUGCAAAAGAUGUACCAACUCUCAGAUGGAACUAUGGUAGUAUGCCAGCCUCCACUGACACCAGCCAGAGAAGAAGAGCUCAGUGGACGACUGUCUCUACACAUUCACGGCAUCAGCGAAUGAUGAUGGACGCUCCCUGAAAUGCUAUGCACAAUUCACUGGGGGUCAGAGGCAGGAAGUGAGCAUCACCCUACGGGUUAAGAGAAAUAUGCUCUCUCGUGGUUGGUCCUUCACCACACCUGGCAGCAUCACAGGCAUGAGAGGCUCAUGUAUCAUCGUUCCUUGCAGCUUCUCCUACAGCACCUCCCAGCCUGCUAACCUCAGAGUUAUAUGGUACUUGUUCCAGAUCAAUGGAUACCCACCUGUGUUUGACGAAAGACAGACCGUUUUUAGUAAGUUUAGGGGGAAAACCAGCUUGAUUGGAUCAGUGACGGAGAGGAAUUGUAGCCUUAAGAUUGAUAGGCUGGAGAUGUCGCACAACCAGGACAGAAUUUACCCAUGGGUGGACAAGAACCCUAUUACCUCCUACCACACAGUGGGUCACACUUUUUAUGACAAAACCUCUCUACUUAUUGUUUCAGACCAUGCACAGGAACCUCAACUAAGCAUCGUUGGUAUUCCCAGGGUGGGAGAGCAGAGCCAAGUGUCCUGCAAUGUGCGCCAUACUUGUAUCUCUGCUCCCCCUGUCUUGACCCUAAAUGGUCUAUCUGGAUCAGACCGCACUGUGGACACUCUGGUGUCUGAUGGGAUUUGGGAAAGGAAAGUAGAGAGAAUUUGGACUGUAAAAGAGCAGGACCAGAGCGUGAAGUGUACUGUUAGAUACCAGGGUGGUCAGCAAGCCACAAGUGAGCUCAAGCUGAAUGUUGAAUGUCCGUACGAAGAAAUCAAAAUGACUGAGAAGCCAGGCGAGGCCACAGAGGGUGUGGCAAACAGCGUCAUUUGUUCUGUUUCCUACAAGUGCAAGAAAAAUACACCAACUAUUGUGUGGAACUACAAAGACAUGCAGAGUUCAUUAAAUACCAAAAUGAUCUCCACCGAUACCUAUAACACAGUGUCAAAUCUAACCUUUAUUGGCUCUCUUGGGGAUGACGGAAAAUCUUUGACCUGCACUGCUCAGUUUAUCACUGGGGAGACCUCAGACUCUGCAACCAUUAGUAUAAAAAAAUAUGAGAAACCAGUUGAAGAAAUAGAUCCACAUGAAAGUGACACGUUCCACAUUCUGGCUGCUGAUGUCCCUUUCAGAUUCAGCGCCCUGACAGACUCCUGUGUGGUGAUUCCCUGCAGCUUUCAGUAUGAGGAAGAUGUGCCCCUCACACGUGGCAUUUGGUCCAAAAAAACUGGAGGCAUUGUUUACCAUAACGGCCGGAGCCAAGUGCUUGACCAUUUCAAGGACCGAACCAGAUUAUUAGGAGAUCUAAAUGAGGGAAACUGCUCAUUAGAGAUUGAUAAUAUCAAGCCUUUUGACAAUGGCCCAUUCUGUUUCCAUGCAGAGAAAGGAAAUGACAAAUACAGAUUCAACAAUAGCUGCGUGUUUAUUGUUAUGAAAGCUUCCCUAGAAAAACCAGUGAUGACCCAAGUCCCGAAAGAAGUCGAGGCUGGCUCCACCAUUAGUGUCUCGUGUUCUGUGACACACACAUGCCCAUCACAUCCUCCAGUGUUCUCAUGGAGUGUCCCUAACCUCACCAGUGCGGUCUCACACACCGGGUUACCGGGUUCACGGGGCAGCUGGGAGACGACCUCCACCAUCACUUUCAUGGCUGCUGGAGGAGACGGGGAGAAAAGCCUAACCUGUACUGCCACCUCCUGGCGUGAGAAGCAACAAGCCAGCACAGUCAAGCUGACUGUGAAAGGAUCACUGAUGUACCAGUUAAGAAGCUCUCUCCCAGUAUCCAUUCCAGUCUCAGCUCUAGUGCUGAUUGUAAUUAUCUUAGCUGCAGUGUUUGGAGUGAUCAUCUGUAGGAAAAGGAAGCACUCGCAGACACCGCCACCUCGACCAGAGAAAAGGCGAUCACUCUGGGAUAGAUUAUCCAGGAGAAACUAUGAAGGCAGGGAGAGACCUCCAAGGCCGGAAAAACGGAGGUCCAUUUGGAGCCGCUUUUCACGUCGAGCAGAGGAUGGGUUUGUUGGGUGGCAAAAGGAGUUGAAAUCCAGACGCCGAGAUGACACUGUGGAGCUCAGCCUUGGCCAUUUAAACAACACCACUACUGUUAACUCUUCCAACCAGAUAUCCAAACCACGCUUCCCAUCCCCAAAGGAUAAACGGAGACCACCUCGCUCUACCAGGCCUGAGGAUUACCAUGUGUAUGACAACUAAUCUUGAGUUCUUCAAGACAUCUUGGACACAUCACAUGCUUCCAGGACCACGUUGGUGUUUUAUUAUUUUAUGAUGUCAAUCAAUGCUUCAUUUAUAGAAUGUAUAUCAGCUGCGACUUAUUUUCUUACAUUUAUGCUUAUGCUAAGUGCACGGUAGUGAGCAGUUUGCCCAUCAUGAAUCUUUGUACACAUCCCUAUGCUUACCUGCAACAAGUUUAAAACUACGUAUUCUCAAUAUAUGACACAAACAGCAGAUAUAUUUUUUGUAUUUUUAACGUUUAGAGAAACUGAGAAUUAAAUCAUUAAAAUUAAUUAAAAACACUCAAAGGAAACAAAGAAAAUAGACUUUUGUCAGUCCUUUGUCUUUUUGUCAGUAACAUUGAAAUGUUUCUGUUCAUUCCAAAAUUAUUUCUAAUAAUUUGAAUUUUUAAAGGUUUCAUGAUAAACAUACUUCAAUACUGAAUAACUGAAUUUGUGCACCUGUUUAAUAAAUGUGAUAAUAAAUAUGCUUUGCUCUUCUAAA